AUGUCCAAGGGAACACGUUUCCUCGCCGCUGCGGUGCCGGCCACCCUCGUCUAUCUCCUCAUGCUCUUUGCGAUUCUCCCAGUGCCGCUGGUUGACCAAGACACAGCCGACCUUAUCCUGCCCGUUCUCCCAUGGUGGCUCCUCGUGUCCUUCGGGUCAUAUUCGCUCAUGUCUCUCGGCCUCGGCCUCGUCCGCUUCCACGACACGCCCGACGCGUAUGAGUCCCUGCUCACUGAGAUCGCGCAGGCCAAGAACGAGCUACGCGACCAGGGCGUCACCGUCGAUUAG